AUGCAUUGCUAUUGUGCAAACUACUACGGCGCCGUCAACUGCCACAAUAAAGUCACACAGUUUGGCGACAGAUGCAGACUAUGCACGAUCAUGAACGAGGGCAAUUCCGCCAGUUUCAAGCUCUCUAGGCACCAGCAACGUCAAGAUCAGGAUGAGGAUCAGGGUCAGGAACAAGACCACCAACAGCGGCAGUCUUACUUAGACGGCGACGAGUGCUACCGCAGACACUCAGGGAGCGACUCGAGCAGCAGCCACGAGAGCUACCGGGGGUCCGGCCGCGGGACCGGAAGGCCAUGCGGGACGCGAGGCGGAGGAUCUAACUCUUGA